CUGGCGAUGUCGGAGUCCUACGAUUUCUUGUUUAAAUUCCUGGUGAUUGGGAAUGCUGGGACUGGCAAAUCAUGUUUGCUGCAUCAGUUUAUAGAAAAGAGAUUUAAGGAUGAAUCAAAUCAUACCAUUGGAGUAGAGUUUGGCUCCAAAAUCAUCAAUGUGGUCAACAAAAUUGUCAAACUGCAGAUUUGGGACACAGCUGGACAAGAAAGGUUCAGGUCAGUAACCAGAAGUUACUACAGAGGAGCAGCAGGGGCCCUUCUUGUCUAUGACAUCACCAGUCGUGAAACCUACAACGCUCUCACCACGUGGCUGAGUGACGCCCGGAUGCUGGCCAGUCAGAACAUUGUCAUCAUCCUGUGCGGAAACAAGAAGGAUUUAGACGCUGAUAGAGAAGUGACUUUCUUGGAGGCAUCACGCUUUGCGCAGGAGAACGAGCUGAUGUUCCUCGAAACAAGUGCUCUGACGGGGGAGAACGUGGAAGAAGCUUUUGUCCAGUGUGCUCGCAAAAUUCUCAAUAAGAUAGAAUCAGGGGAGUUAGAUCCAGAGAGGAUGGGAUCUGGUAUCCAGUAUGGCGAUGCCGCACUGCGCCAACUCCGUUCCCCUCGUCGUGCUCAGCCACAGGGCGCCCAAGAGUGUGGCUGCUAG